CCAAAAUUCCUCUGUUGCCCAACAGUUUCCCCCCACCCCUAUACUUCUAGACGUAUUUAGUUUCCGGUAGUAUUUCCAACUAUAGUCUUUUCUUCUCAUUUUGAUCCAGUGUUGUGAUUCAAGCGCAUCGCCGGUUAUCGCGUCCUUCUCCUCGCCUGCAAUUUGAUCAUCUCCUGAACCCUCAUCGAUACUUUCAGCAUGGCCACUGCAGAGAAGAAGAAAGAAGAACAACCUGCCAUUCAACCGGACGAAUACUCGGAUGGCGAUUACGAUACGGAUGACUAUUCACUGUCCGGAGACGAGCAGGAUCAGAAACCCCAACGUCCGAACCAACAGCAAGCUCGACGACGCCGCCAGCAACAACAACACAAGCGUCAAAAUGACGACUAUGACGAUGAAAGUGACUAUCUUUCCGAUGAAUACGAUUCAGAUGAAUACGACGACGAUGACUAUGGCGAUGCGAAUCAGGGCAAUGCCGUGCAGCCAUAUAAGCGCGGCACUCAAUCCUUAACACAAGGCACAAUCACAAACGGAGCCAUGACGGACGCUCCUGGACAAGGGAAAAAUGAUGAUGAGCAGGAUGGCCUCAAAUUGAAACUGGAACUGAACCUCGACAUCGAGGUGGAACUCAAAGCCCACAUUCACGGAGAUUUGACACUGUCGUUGCUUGCAUGAUUGGGGAAAAUGUUAAUUUCGCCUCUUAUAUUAGCUCUUGACCGCUUCAUCCCUCGAAUCGAUGAAACAUGUCUGGCAUGAAGUUUAUGAAAAUAUUCCAGACAAACAGCAGCAAUCUGUUCCGCAUGUUUCUUGUUAGUUCAAUAGAGUCCUGCGCUCAGGUAAUGUUUUUUACUUUUUUUUUUUUUUUUUU